AUGCAACGAGAAUCAAAUAGUACACCAUGGGGAUUUCGAAUGCAAGGUGGAAAAGAUUUUGGUUGUCCAUUACAAAUUCAAAAAGUAAAUCCAAAUAGUUUAGCUGAACGUUGUGGUAUGCAAGCUAAUGAUUAUAUUAUUAAAAUUGGACAAAUAUCAACUGAACAUCUUAAACAUCCAGAUGCUCAAGAAUUAAUACAACAACAAAAUAAUAUGCUUGAAUUAACAUUACAACGAGGCGCACCACCUGAUGCUAAUGAUUAUAACAGUCGUGUGAAUUUUCCACCUCAUCAGUUGAUGCAAUCUACACAAAAUAAUUUUGCACCUCAAUCUGACUAUGAAACUCCACCACCACAAUCUCCUGUUCCGCAGGUUGCUAUGCCAGUAUCAAACAAUCGAGCUAUAUUAAGUCAAGCACAUAAUACACCAAUUGGACUCUAUUCAGCUGACAAUGUAACUGAAACAAUAACACGUACUCUUAAAAGUUCCCCUUCUCCUUCACGUCAUAUUAACAAUACCAAUAACCGUGAUGAUCAAAAACCACCUGUCAUACUCACAAAUAGUGAUAUCGAAGAUCUUCAACAAAAAUAUUUAACUAUGGAUUUGCAAACGAAUAAUAAAAGUGAAGUACGACAAGGACCUGCAUUUCGAGCACUUGUUCGAGGACUUGAUGUAGCAAAUGACACUACUGAUCGUUCAACAGUGAAAUCAAACUCAACUAAUAAACAGGUUACUACAUCAACAAUCAAAGGUUUUCGAUAUACACCUAAUCCUAUGAAUAUUGCACCUGAAUAUCAAAUUGAAGAACCAAAAAAUUAUAAUGAAUUUAAAGCAGCAGCAUCUCGAUCUAUGCCAAUGCCGGCACCUGCAUCAGCACCUUAUGAUUAUUCGCAACAUCAACCACGGGCAGCUCCAUAUAUAGCAUCAGCACCUCCACCACCACCACCUCCACCUGCACAAUCAAAACCUAAUGCUCCUAAUAAACCAUCAUUUAACGUUAAUAUACAAGCAACACCUCGUUCAGGAAAUCGUGUAUUUAUGAAAGGUAGUAAAGGUAGUGCAUCGUUAAAUCGAAAUGAAAAUACCAAUCAAACACCUAAAUGUUAUUCAUGUGGUAUAGCCAUAAGAGGUCCAUAUAUCUCAGCUAUUGGUCGUUGUUAUUGCGUAGAUCACUUUACAUGUUCAAACUGUUCAGUUAAUUUGAUCGAAUGUGGUUUUGUUGAAGAGAAUGGAAAAUUAUAUUGUGAACGUGAUUUUGAACAAUAUCUUGCACCACGUUGUGUUAAAUGUUCACAAUCAAUAUUAAAAGAAUGUGUUCAUGCACUUGAAAAAACUUGGCAUCCUGAAUGUUUUACAUGUACAGCAUGCAAAAAAUCAAUUGGUACUGGAUCAUUUCAUGUUGAAGAAGGUCAACCGUAUUGUCUUGAAGAUUAUCGUCGAAUGUUUCAAGCUAAAUGUACUAGUUGCGAUUUUCCUAUCGAACCUGGUGACAAAUAUCUUGAAGCUAUGGGUGGCACAUAUCAUGUUGAAUGUUUCAAUUGUUCGAUGUGUCAAGUGAGUUUAAAUGGUCAACCAUUUCUUGUCAAAAACAAUCGGCCUUAUUGUCGUUUACAUGGUCGUUAA